GGAUCUACUUUCUCGAGCUUGAUAACGGGGAAAGAGGCAGGAUCAUGGAAAAGCUUCACAUUCCAGUCUGUCAUGGCUGCAGCGAGAUGGACGAACCGGGGACGCGGGACAGCGUCUCUGGUGUGGACUGGACUCCGAUCCAAUCACACAUCAAUUAAAUCUCGUUAUGACGCGGUCAUCAUCGGCGGAGGACACAAUGGACUGGUGGCAGCUGCCUAUCUUCAGAAGGGAGGAGUGAAGACAGCAGUGUUGGAACGCAGACACCUGCUGGGAGGAGCAGCUGUUUCAGAGGAGAUAGUCCCUGGUUUCCGCUUCUCCAGGUGCUCAUACUUGCUCAGUUUGUUGCGACCUCACAUAUACAGAGAGCUGGAGCUGAAGAAACAUGGGCUGAAGGUUUACAUGAGGAACCCUCAUUCAUUCACCCCCAUGUUGGAGGAUGGGGUUAAAGGGGCUCCACCAAGGUCUCUUACUCUUGGUACAGAUCUGACCAACAACCAGAACGAGAUCGUCAAGUUCUCCAAAAAGGAUGCAGAGGCUUAUCCAGAAUUCGUGGCACACCUUGAAACCCUUGCCAACGCUAUCCACCCUCUCCUGGACGCUCCGCCUGUAGAUAUUCCUGGUCUCACAGCUGGGUCUCUCAGGAAGCGACUGGCUGCAGCUACAACCCUGAUGCCUCUUGUUAAAUUUGGUCUGAAACUUGGGAAGAAUAUUCCAGACUUUUAUGAAAUCACAUCUGCACCAAUAAUGAAGAUUCUCAACCUGUGGUUUGAGUCAGAGCCACUGAAAGCAACACUGGCCACUGAUGGUGUGAUUGGAGCCAUGACCAGUCCUAACAAUCCUGGCAGUGGGUAUGUCCUCUUGCACCAUGUGAUGGGAGAGCUGGAGAAGGAGAAGGGAGCGUGGGGUUAUGUGGAGGGAGGCAUGGGGGGUGUAUCUCAGGCUAUCGCUAAAGCCGCUCGAUCCUACGGCGUAGAUAUUUUCACCGAGAAGCACGUAGAGCAAAUCCUGGUCGGUCCAGAUGGCGCCGCUAAGGGAGUGGCACUAAAGGACGGCACUGAGAUUCACAGUGAAGUUGUCUUAUCAAACGCGACUCCAUAUGUCACCUUCAAAAAGCUCACACCGCAGGGUGCCCUGUCUCAACAAUUCAUGAAAGCUGUGGAUCAGAUAGACUACACCUCACCGGUGACAAAGAUCAAUGUGGCCAUAGACAAGUUACCAAACUUCUUGGCAUCUCCCACACCGGAUGACAAACCCGGACCCCACCAUCAGUGCUCAAUCCAUCUGAACUGUGAAAGUGUGGACGUGUUAGAAACUGCAUAUAAAGACGCAGUGAAUGGACGUCCCUCAGCAAGACCUAUGAUGGAGAUGACCAUCCCCUCUGUGUUGGACCCCACUCUAGCCCCCACUGGCUGCCACGUUGUGUCGCUGUUCACCCAGUUCACCCCGUACCUCAUUGAAGGCAGGGAGUGGACCGAGCAGGACCGAGAGGCCUUUGCAGACACUGUGUUUGACUGGGUGGAACAAUAUGCCCCUGGGUUUAAAAAGUCAGUGGUGGCCCGAGACGUCCUGUGUCCCCCAGACCUGGAGAGGAUCUUUGGACUCACCGGAGGGAAUAUUUUCCACGGAUCAAUGUCUCUGGAUCAGCUUUACCUCGCGAGACCUUUGCCUCCAGUUUCAAACUACCGCUCACCAAUUAAAGGCCUCUAUCUAUGUGGCAGCGGCUGUCAUCCAGGUGGUGGUGUGAUGGGUUCCCCCGGCUGGAACGCAGCUCUCACGGCCAUAUCGGACCUGAAAAGUCGCUGAGAAAUGUGACAUAAAUCUAAACACUCACUCCAGUUGCUUUUAUACCAAGUUGCCUUUAUCACUACAGUGAUUAGUUGUUUUUAUAUUAAGUGAAUGUAGUGUCCAAUGUUGUGAAAUGUUCACAAGUGGAAAUGAAGUCAUCAAACUGAGCCAGCAGCAAACACAAAGGUAUUGUUAAGUGCAAGCGUACUUAGCUUACACUUAAUGUCAUUAACUAAUUGGUUAAAUCAUGCAAAGUGAAA